UCUCUUUCACAGUAGCCAUGGCUGAAAUCAAAAGAGGAAGAAGGGGCAGGAAGGCCCUGAAUACCCUCACGGCGAACGAUGUCAACAUUUCAGCCGGGAAGGUCACUUCCUCCCCACUUCCCCCGUUUGCUGAAGCCGAGAAGGAGAGCCGUGAUAGCCUUGUCUCGAUCCUCUCGCCUCAGAAGGCCAAGAAGGUCGUCUCCAAGCCCAAAGCUCGGGCGACGACCAAGAAAGAGUUCGCUGAUGAGUUGCAAGAAUUGCAAGUGAGGCUCGAACAGCUCCAGAUCGAGAAGGAGAACACCGAGGUACUCCUGAGGCAGCGGGAUGAGGUGCUCAAACUGAAAGAGGAGGAGCUUGAGAAUCGUGGCAAGGAGCAAGAGAGGCUUCAGAAGGAACUCAAGAAGCUCCAAAAGUUGAAGGAGUUCAAGCCUACUAUGAGCAUUCCUUUUAUCAUGUCCCUGAGGGAGAAAGAGCAAGAAAAGAAAGAAAAUAAGAAGAACAAGAAGAAGAAGAACAAGGACUACCUGGAGAAAAAGAAGCCAUGUCCAGCAUAUGUACUUUGGUGCAAAGAUCAGUGGCAUGAGGUCAAGAAAGAGAACCCAGAUGCUGAUUUCAAGGAAAUCUCGAAUACUCUUGGAGCCAAAUGGAAGGCCUUGAGCGCCGAAGAGAAGAAACCCUAUGAAGAGAGGUACCACCAAGAGAAGGAAGGUUAUUUGCAGAUUGUUGGCCAGGAGAAGCGGGAGAAUGAAGCCAUGAAACUUUUAGAGGAAGAACAGAUGCAGAAGACCGCAAUGGAGUUGCUAGAGCAGUACCUGCAAUUCAAACAGGAAGUUGAUAAAGGGGGAAAGAAAAUGAGGAAAGAGAAAGAUCCUUCGAAGCCAAAACAUCCCAUGUCAGCUUUCUUACUGUUCUCCCAGGAACGGCGUGCAGCACUGCUUGAACAGAACAAGAAUGUCCUUGAGAUUGCUAAGAUAGCAGGAGUGGAAUGGAAAAGCAUGACAGAAGAACGGAGAGCACCCUAUGAAGAGAUCGCCAAGAAAUGCAAGGAAGAGUAUAAUCAACAAAUGGAGCUUUAUAAGCAGAACAAGCUCGAGGAAGCUGCAACCGUAGAGAAGGAAGAAGAGGAGUUGAAGAAAGUUCUGAAACAGGAAGCUCUUCAGCUGCUCAAGAAGAAGGAGAAAGCAGACAAUAUAAUUAAGAAAACAAAGGAAGCCCGGCAGAAGAAAAAGAAGCAGAAGGAAGAACAGAAUUCAGAUCCCAACAAGCCAAGGAGGCCACCAUCCUCUUUCCUUCUUUUCAGUUUGGAAGCAAGGAAACAGCUGUUGGAGGAACGACCAGGAAUUGGCAAUUCUACAAUGAGUGCUCUGAUUUCAGUAAAAUGGAAGGAACAAAGUGAAGCAGAAAGGCAAGUCUGGAAUGACAAAGCAGCGGAAGGCAUGGCUGCCUACAAAAGAGAGAUGGAAGAGUACAACAAGUCAAUUGCCAUGGGAAAAAUCGACACCCCUAAUCAUGAAUCUUGAGUAUGUAAUUGGUUCAAUUGGUUCUGUUGAACUUCGAUUCCAUUACCGUGUGCGAUUGUUUCUCACCACACAAGUGAGAUUUGGACAUUUGUACCUGCUGAUGUUUUUGAUGCUUCUGUUUCCUGUAACCGAGUGAAGCUCCAUCAUGAAUGACGAAGCGUUGCAUUUUGCAUCUUGGUAUCUAAAAUGAAAAUUCCUGAAUACCAAGUCUCUUACCAUUUAA